AUGGUCAAGCUGGCCGCUGAAGACGUGAGAGCGCUGGAGCUAAGAUGCCCAAAAUUCUGCACGCGAGACUCCGAAGAGAUUAGGAGGGCAACUUACCGCGGUGAAAUUUUCCGCUCUUUUAGCGAAGCAGAGCACGAGAAAAUAUUGAACGACAUUGUCUCAUUUGAUUAUAUAAUACCAUCUCUGCGGACGUUUUUCCAGGAUAUCUACCUUCUCGAUGACUGUGCUACAAGUAUCAAAUAUCUGCUAAAACCAAAUAAAACAACAAUUCGCACUGCCCUUCAGUACAACUUCAGAGCACAGAGUCUCCAACAACAGCAACUGGCGCGAGGAACAGCAUCAGCCGUGUCCUUCGACGAGGCAGUUCAAUCCUUGUGGAUAUUCGCCCUGCGGAACUUUCUCAAACUACCCAAACCAUCAGCAAGAAGAGAUGGUAGACUUCUUGCAAAGCCGUUAACAGAAGAAGCGCACGAAGCAAUAGUGCAUAAUUUCGCCAAGUUAGCCCAAAAUCUAGGGUUUCGUUCGCCAGAGAUCGAACGUCUGGCGCAGGCGCCAGACAGCUCCGAGGACAGCCAGGGAUCCGAGCUGGGUGGUGACUUAACGGAACAAGUUCGUCUGAUUGAGCAUCACGACGUCGUCCCAACAUAUUUGGUGGUAAGCAGCGAGGACAAACCGAAACUACAACGACGUUGCGGUCGCCCAAGAUACGAAACGUACAAUCAAGCCCGGAAGUUUCUGAAAAAGACCUUUUUGCAUUAUAAUUAUGGCGGACUUGAGAUUGACGGCCCCGAUAUUACGGCAUUCUUCAUCCUACGAUCACAGUACCUCGCCUUCUUCAAUAUGUCUAGUCAGCAUUGCCAGCACCACCAAACCAAAUCGCCCGAGGUCGAACAGCAAAACCUGACCCCCGAAGAAGUAACAUUUCCGCCAGCCGUCGGGCAGAGUAUCUUGCCGUCGAGAGAGGAUUCGGAUUCGGAUUCGGAUUCGGAUUAUUCGGACGUUACUGUCGUGUCAUUUAGUACUGAGAAGGACAACGAGGCAAAUAGGCUCUCGGCGACGAGGGGAGACUCCGCCGCCAUGACAGAGGAAAAUCAGCUCCAGGUGCAGCAAUGUACUGUCCAGGUGGCUUUCAAGACGUUCAAGGAGGGCAUAUUCAUCACAGUCACAAAAGUCGACGCAGGGGACCCUCGCGCGAUAGCAGCUACAGCAAGGGCUUUAAUAAGGGACGAGGGGAUGAAGCUCUUCUCGGUAACGUUGCAACCCAUUACGGUCGAGAAAUGUUUUGAAGAGGCGAUAGACUCUGGACUGAAUACCAUCAUCGUCCUUCCCGCAAACGAUUUGGAAAUGUCGGUCGCUCUUCGGCGGGCUGCUGGUCGGUUGCGUCCAGAGGAGUGGUAG